UUCAUUCUAAAAAAAUUUUUUUUAAAGACAUACUAUACUUUCAAUUAUGCACAUGCACAUGUGAGAUACGGUGCUUGAAGUAUUGGCGACUGGUUGUGAGCCUUCUAAUGUAGCUGGAAUUCAUACUUAGGUCCUCUGCAAGACAAGUAUUGUAUCUGCUCUUAACUGCUGAGCCAUCUCUCGACCUCCACCCUCUCAAUCCUCAGUUCUUAAUUAGUCUGCUCUACGGCCAGCCAGUAGGUCAGGGUAGCAGUUGCUGAGUUGGACCUGCAGGCAACUACUGUCAAGGGAAUCUGUCUCUUUAUUCUCUUUGCCAAACAAUCCAAAAUAAUGGUCACUCCAGCACCUGGAGUUUCAGAGCCCUCUUCUUCCAAUUUCUGUCCAUUCUUGUCUCUACUCUAGGCUCAUGCUCACAGGUCCCAGGGAAGUGAGCUCCUGACUAUAGGUCCUAUGGUAGAUGACUCAGAGUCCCAGAUCCAAUGUAGAAUGAGAAAGAAAGCAUAGCUGUACACACACACACACACACACACACACACACACACACACACACACACGAUUCAACUCAUGAGUAGCAAGUAGGACAAAGGUCAAGUAUAGACCUGGGUUCACAGCUUCUGUUCACAUUGUGAGCUACUAUGAUUGGUAAUAGCACUGACUGUGAUGUGGGCAGUGGCAAGCCAUCUUCACCUGAUUUUUCUGUUAGUUCCUUAAGGGAGACAGAAUAGGAAAAUACUGGCAGAGGAAGGAUAGUUUUAGACUGACCUACCUCAUAGGCAUUUUCCACUUCUGUAGAACCAGCAUCUUUCCUCUGUCUCCUGGACACUAUGCUUUCGGGUUUCAUGUCUUAGCUGAUGUGGUUUUCCUACCACAGAGCAAUGUUCCCUCAUUUCAUUCCAUGGUUCUAUGCCCUUCAAGCCUCCAGGAUCAGCAAGAAUCACUUUCUCAGUGAAGCCCUCCUAGAUAUUUCCUGGUGCUAAAACUAGGAUUCACUUUUCCUCAUUCCCAUAACCUCUCAGGACAUUGCUUUUGUGUCAUUUCCAGCCCUAACCUCCCCGCUGAGCUUGCAAGCAGCUUCUUGAGGGUGUGAAUUCUCACACAUAUUGCUUACACCCACUGGUAUCCAGCACACCUGGCCACCGGCGAGAUGAAGGCGAUCUCAGCUCUCACAAAGCUAUAUUCUGAACAGAGCAUUUGCAUAGCCUGCUGCUUGAUUAUCCAUCCAGCCCUGGGAUCAAGAAGGAUUGUCCUCAUUUCCCAGUUGAGAAAUCCAGGUUCUGAGAGGAACAUCUCUUGUUGUCCAGCCUCACUGACAGAUAGGAUUAAUCGAAGGCACAGGAGCUAUGGUAUCUGGUCCAGUGCCCACCAUCUAGAUUCAGCUGUCAGGGUGUCCACAAAGAGGCCAUAAGGAGAAUGAAGAGAAGCUGACUGGCGUCUGACCCACCAUGACACCCACAGAAUUCACAAGCCUUAUUCCUGGCAUGUUUGAUGACUACAGCUAUGAUUCCACUGCUUCCACAGACGACUACAUGAAUUUGAACUUCAGUAGCUUCUUCUGUAAGAAAAACAAUGUAAGGCAGUUUGCGAGUCAUUUCCUUCCGCCUCUGUACUGGCUUGUGUUCGUUGUGGGUACUGUGGGCAACAGCCUGGUCAUCCUUGUCUACUGGUACUGCACAAGAGUGAAGACAAUGACCGACAUGUUCCUUUUGAAUUUGGCCAUUGCUGAUCUGCUCUUUCUUGCCACUCUUCCCUUCUGGGCCAUUGCUGCUGCUGGUCAGUGGAUGUUCCAGACCUUCAUGUGCAAGGUUGUGAACAGCAUGUACAAGAUGAACUUCUACAGCUGUGUGCUACUCAUCAUGUGCAUCAGUGUGGACAGAUACAUUGCCAUUGUACAGGCCAUGAAGGCUCAGGUCUGGAGGCAGAAAAGGCUGCUGUACAGCAAGAUGGUCUGCAUUACCAUCUGGGUGAUGGCAGCUGUGCUCUGCACCCCAGAAAUCCUGUACAGUCAAAUCAGUGGGGAAUCUGGCAUUGCCAUAUGUACCAUGGUCUACCCUAAGGAUAAGAAUGCCAAGCUAAAGUCUGCUGUUUUGAUCCUGAAGGUCACCUUGGGGUUUUUCCUCCCCUUCAUGGUCAUGGCUUUCUGUUACACCAUCAUCAUUCAUACUUUGGUACAGGCCAAGAAGUCAUCCAAGCACAAGGCCCUCAAGGUGACCAUCACUGUUCUCACUGUCUUCAUUAUGUCUCAGUUCCCCUACAAUUGCAUUCUGGUAGUGCAGGCUGUUGAUGCCUACACCAUGUUCAUCUCCAACUGCACCAUUUCCACCAACAUUGACAUCUGCUUCCAGGUUACUCAGACUAUUGCAUUCUUCCACAGUUGCCUGAACCCAGUUCUCUAUGUUUUCGUGGGUGAGAGAUUCCGUAGGGAUCUGGUAAAGACCCUGAAGAACCUGGGAUGCAUUAGCCAGGCCCAGUGGGUUUCAUUCACAAGGAGAGAGGGUAGCUUGAAGCUUUCUUCUAUGCUACUGGAGACAACUUCUGGAGCUCUCUCCCUGUGAGAGAACUUCUCACUGGGCAUAUGGUCCUUUUUGGAAAUAAUGAGAUAUAUAGACACAGCAUAAUCUAAAGAGACAGCAAACAGAAAGAAAACGGGGGGAGGCGGCUGGGGGAGGCAGGAAAAAACAAAACAAACAACUGGAAUGAACCUAAACAACUUUAUCAAGUUCAGUUAGAAUCUACCAAAAGUUUCCAAAACUGACCACCCCAGAACGGCACCAGCUGGUUUUUGGUCACAGUAACUGUAGUUCUGAGGAGGAUACUUGAGCAGCAGUGAGGACACUCCAGCUUUGCACAGGCUGAUCAUCAGUGCAGCUAGGUUUUGGAGGCAUUGAGUUUCUUCAGUGCUCCAAGUUUCUGUUACUUCAGAUCUGGUGCUACUCCUCUCCAGAGGUGACAGAGUACUGGCUGCCACCAUACCCCCUUUCCCCCCACCAAAAGCUUAGUGACAUCCACCUCAGGAUCUUUUCUUUAUACUCCUACUGGUGGAAAGACUGUGUUUGUAUGUCUCAUUACCUAUAGUUUUGUUUUUGUUUUUGUUUUUGUUUUUAAAUCUAGAACACACUGAAACAUUCUGAGGCUGAAUGCCAUUCUGAUCUCCUUGGUCUCUUCUGAGCCAGGGAGAAUCACUGUUCCUCGUUUGAACCAUCUGUAAGGUUGGUCAGUCCAUGUAUAGCUGACCACAUCACAUUACCUGGAUUCUUGCUCCCAGUCCACUUCUGUGUCAGGCAGAAGAUGCCAUGUCCAAACCUCACUGCAAGCACAAACUAGGAAAGGAUCUAGCCUGUUCCUGGGUGUGGUGAAAGUGGCCCUCACAGAAUUAAGCCGGAGAAUAUGUUGGGAUGGUGGGGACCUAGCCUUUGGGACUUCCUUAGGGAAGAGGCACUUGCUGCCGGUUUUCCCAUCUUCUUCCUACCAGUGAACUUCUGAGGCUCCCGGAAGGGUGUCUGCCUCCCUGCUGCCUCCCCUUUCCCUACUUUGUAGUCUUGACAGUUUACAACCUUUUAAUGUUAGAUUAAGAAGAAUGGGUGGGUUGGGCAUGAUAGUGUACACCUUUUAUCCCAGCAGAGGCAGGGUGAUCUCUGUGAGUUGGAGGCCAGCCUGGUCUACAGAUGGAGUCCAGGAGAUUCGGGGCUGCUUAUGCAGAGAAAUCUCAUCAUGAAAAACAAACAAACAAAAAGUAAAAAAAGGGUUGAAAAGAUGGCUCAAUGGUUAAGAGCACUGACUGCUCUUCCCGAGGUCCAGGGUUCAAUUCCCAACACCUACAUGGCAGCUCACAACUGUCUGUAACUUCAGUUGCAGAGGAUCUGAUACUCUCACACAGACACACAUGCAGGCAAAGCACCAAUGCACAUGAAAUAAAAAUAAAAAAUAAAAAUAU